GCAGGGCAGGGCAGGGCUAGGGGCGUGAGGGGCGCAAGAGGCGUGAGGGGACCGGGCAGAGCUGGGCAUGGCUGGGCAGGACUAGGGGCGUGAGGGGACCGGGCAGAGCUGGGGCCGUGAGGGGGCCGGGCAGGGCCGAGCAGGACCGAGUAGGGAUAGGGCCAUGAGGGCCGUGAGGGGGCCGGGCAGAGCUGGGGCCGUGAGCGCCCGGGCGCGGCUCCAGCCCCUUUGUGGCGCUGUCCCUCUGUUUUGUCGCGCCGUGUCGCAGCGUGGUGGCGGAGCAGCUCAUCCCGCUGCUCUUCUUAUCCAGACAAGGCUCCGUCCUGCGGGCUCUGCCGCCGCCUCCCUCCCGAGAUCCGGCUGCUCUGGGGUCACUGCUGCCAGCUGUCAUCAGUCUGUAAUGAAUUAAGAGUUGUCUAAGAUUAGACACGAGGCAGGGUUUUUCUCCUCUAGGCUCGCGGUGUGUGGAGGCUGGCUCCGAGUGCAGAGGGCUGUGGGAAUUGCCGGUGAAAGAUCUUUUUUAUUCUUGAGCAAGGUGGCUGUGGCAGCCAGGAGAGAAACCCCCCAGCUGAGCCUUUACGGCCUCUCGCAGGUUGGCUCCAGGCAUCAGAGGAAGGAGAACACUGCAUUAUUUUGGCUGAAGUGCUCAGCUUCAAGACUUCACUUUGUUCCUCACAACUCAGAGGGAUAUGAAGCCAAUUGGAAAAGUCCUUUGUGCUACAGGGGUUGUAGCUGGGCUCGUAGCUUUCUUCUGGAAGGACGACUUUAACCCAGAGAGCCUGUCUGGUGCCCGUGUCCUUGUGACUGGAGCCAGUGCUGGGAUUGGAGAGCAGAUAGCUUAUCACUAUGCCAGAUUUGGGGCUGAGAUUGUCCUGACUGCCAGGAGGGAAGCUGUGCUGCAGAAGGUGAUGGAGAAAUGCCAGACACUCGGAGCAAAGAAAAUAUUUUAUAUCCCUGCAGAUAUGUCCUCCCCCUCAGAGCCUGAGAAGGUGGUUCAGUUUGCUGUCCAAAAGCUGGGGGGCCUGGAUUUCCUGGUGCUGAACCACAUCGGCACAAACCGUUUCCAGGAGUGGAGAGGAGACGUGGAGUACACGCGCUGGCUCCUGCAGGUGAAUUUUUUGAGUUAUGUGGCUCUUGCAACAGCAGCUCUUCCCACCCUGGAGAAGAACAGAGGUGCUCUGGUGGUUGUUUCUUCCCUCACAGGGAAAAUGCCCACUCCCUUCACCACUUCCUACUCUGCCACCAAGUUUGCCCUGGAUGGAUUCUUCGGCUCUCUGCGCCAUGAGCUCAUCAUGCAGAGGAGCAAUGUGUCUGUCACUCUGUGCAUCCUGGGCCUGAUUGACACUGCUUCAGCGCUGGAGAACACCAGGGGCAAAGUUCACCUCAGCGCCUCCCCGGCCCCCGAGGCCGCGCUCGCCAUCGUCCGCGGCGGCGCCGCGCGCGCGCACGAGGUUUUCUACCCGGCGUGGCUGCAGCAGCUCUGCUGCCUCUGGGCCCUGUUCCCCAGCAGCGGGAACCGCGUGCUGCGGACUUUCUACAACUACAGCAGCCCCUAAGGGAUGCUCAACCUCCUCCUGUAUCCCUCUAAUCACGUCCCUGCCGUCCCACCCAACCGCUGGUGCUGAGCAGGGCAGUGGUGGCAGCAGUGGUGGCAGUGUCCCCUUUUCCUAAGGUGACCCCUGGUCCCUCAUCCUGCUCCAGCCAUGGCUCUGCUGCUGCUGCCCAUCAGAGACCUUUCCCACUGUUCACUCUGCCUCAGCCCUGCUCCCAUCUCCCCUCCUCCUGCAGCCUCACCUGACUGCACCCAGCCUUUUCCCAGCCCCAGUCUGUCUGUACAUUCCUGGGACAUCCUCCUCCACCACCACUUCAUUUUGGAUUCCAUGAACCCUCCUGCUUCCUCUGAGUAGAAUUUUAAUCUCUAUUUUAAUUAAAUAAGUUUUUAAUGUGUUGGUA